AUGAGGCCAUCAUCACCACGCUAUAGCGCCAACCGCGCUACCGUCUUCCUCGUCAUCCUCGGCACUCUCGCUAUCUUAUAUCAGCUCGUCGCGCACUUCCCGGCUGUGACUUCGAACAUCGGUUCCGCGCUUCAACACGCUCUCCCGUCAGCCGCAUCGUCGAACUUCUGCACCAAGGAGAUUGGAGAGGGUGUGUGCUGUGAGUUGUUUCUUGGUGCGGAGCCUUGCGCGGACGAGUGCAGGAAGGAGUAUGUGGAUAGGGAGACGUUUACAUUGACAAAGGAGUACGAUGAGUGUGCGGAUCAGUGCCUGGUCAUGUACAAGAGUACGUGUGGGGAAGCUGAAGGGAAGACAGAUGACCAUGCUGAAGAGAGGGAACCAACCGUGCUGAAGGGAAUGGACACUGCUACGCCUUGA